CCAACUCCUCUUUCUUUUUCUUUUUUUUUGUUCUUCACUUUCUCUCUGAAAUAUUCAUUUUCCUUAGACUUUCUCGCUUUCCAAACAAGGGGGAAAAAUGCGAAGAGACGAUUUGUGCAUUACGAUUCCGAAUUUUUUUCGAUGUCCGAUAUCGUUGGACGUCAUGAAAUCACCAGUAAGCUUGUGCACUGGCGUAACAUAUGACAGAACCAGCAUCCAGCGGUGGCUAGAUAGCGGCAACAACACUUGUCCGGCCACGAUGCAGGUUCUUCAAAGCAAAGAAUUCGUUCCCAACCGCAAUUUACAACGACUCAUUCAGAUCUGGUCCGACUCAGUCGCUCGCCGUCAACACGACGCCGAAUUGGCGGCAAACUCAGUUGUCCUUCCUUCUCACGAUCAGGUCAAAGUUUUGGUUAAACAACUCGACAACAAUAGCUUUUCAGCGUUAACGAAGAUCGUUCGUUUCGCGAGAGAAUCAGAGGAGAACCGUGAAUUCCUGGCGAGAAUGGACGGGUUUUUGAAUGCGGUUUUCGAUUUUAUGAGGAAUGCAGAAUCGGACAUCAAAUUAAUCGAACAAGUUGUUCAUAUUUUGGAUUUGAUGCUAAGUAAAAUUUCGGAGAAGAAGCCGUUGAUGGAAUCGAAUUGCUUGUCGACGAUCCUUGUCAUUCUACAACGAGGAAGUUCAGAUUCGCAAAUACAAUCGGUUCAAUUACUGGAGUCCCUAGCGGUCGAUGGAGAAUCCAAGCUGAAAAUAGCCCAGAAAGAAGGAUUAUUACUCGAAUUGGUAAAAUCAUUAAGUAAAGAGAAGGAUCCAAGAUUGAUCGAAGCGAGCUUAUCUUGUUUGAUAUCAAUCGCAAUGCCCAAAAGAGUAAAAGCAAAGCUAAUUCAAUCUCGAACCAUCCCAGAGUUAAAGAUCCUUCUAUCCGAACCAAACAUGACCCCCUCGAUAAUCGAGAAAUCAUUAAAACUGCUGGAAACAUUAUCAUCUUGCAAAGAAGGGAGGGUGGAGAUAUGGCAUGAUACGAUUUUGUUACAAGCGAUUGUGCAGAAAGUGUUGAAAGCAUCGAGCAAAGCGACAGAGCAUGCAGUGACGAUACUCUGGAUUGUUUGCUAUUUGUUUAGAGACGAGAAAGCGCUAGAAGCGGUGGUUAGUGGCAAUGGAAUGACCAAGAUUUUGUUGCUCAUCCAAAGCAAUUGUUCUCCAGCGGUCAGACAAAUGUCUGCCGAUUUGCUCAAGAUUUUUGGGGUUAAUUCCAAGCCUUGUUUAUCAAGUUAUGAUACUAAGACUACCCAUAUUAUGCCCUUUUGAGCAAUUUUCCUUCUGCUUUCUCUUAAAACCCCCCACGUUUGUAAAUCAAAGGAAAAUUUUGUUAGUUGAAUCAUGAAACAGAAAUUCAUUAUGAUUUUAGUUAGAAA